AUGGAGGAACGCGAAUUCAGGAAACUCCUUGACCUGUUCCCGAUCGUGCGGUCUCGGGACUACUGCGUAAUCUCCCCUCUCACCUGUUCGAACUCUCCCUCGCCGCCAGUUCUGAUCCUUCUCGAUUUUCUCUUUUUUCCCGGAGGAUCCUCUCCAUGGCGACAUCUAGGGCUCGCUCUGCCGGUUUCAUCCGUUUCUUGCCCUUUGAUUUAUCUCUCUGAAGUUCGUUCUAGGGUUACGCCUUCUUGAUCGGCACUCGGAUACUCGACUUCCUAUUCUUCGAUGGAAAGCAAGAGAAAGCAUCCGAUUCUAGGCUGGAUUUGUCGAAGAUAAUCGCUCUUGUGUUUAUAGAAAAUGGCCAUUGGAUCUGCAAUCUUACCCUCUACCAACCGAUCAAUGGUGGGGGAUGGAGAGUUGGAAGCUCCAUGACUGAUCUGUUGAUUGCUUGUAUGAGCUUUUCCUAUUCUGUUCCCAAGGUUCUUCGUUGGGUAUGAUCCACCUUAUGCUCAUGUCAUUGCCAUUUAGCUUACUCGCCAGCUGGGCAGGAGCUCCAGGUUGUGGUUCCAUCUGCAUAAUCUCUUAAAAUGUCUGGUUCUUCGGAUCUGAUGUUCAUGAAAACAAGGAUUCUCUGUGCGUACAUUCUCUCGUGGGUCGUUGAAAUAACCUGGUUUAUGAAAAUUUCGCCGAAAAUGUGGCUGCGAUUCCAGUCUAUCUGAAGCUUGUUCAUCCUGAAACAGCUGAAUGAGCGUCCUAAUGCUCAGACUGAAGAGGAGAAAGAAGACGACGCUGCAGGUCUCUCUCUCUCUCUCUCUCUCUCUCUCUGGGGUAUUGUGCCUGAUGGACAGCUCAACUGAUGGGAAUGCCCUCUCAUUUCGGUAGAUCCAUUUUGGGAGAAGCUGAAGUCUGCAGCUGAGAUAAAGGUAUGAAUGUGGCGUGAUCUCCAUUAUUUCCUGGUGGAGAGAUUCUGGGUGUCCUUAUUUUGCUAAAUAUGUCUUUUUUCUUCAAUCCUUUCUCUUUGUUUCCUCCUUCCUAAUGGGCAAAUUCUGGCUACACUUCGCUUUCUGUCUCAAAGGGAAGGGGGGAGGGAUGGAGGGAAGCUUAAUGAGAAGGCAAAUUUGUCUAUUAUUGUUGGGCAUUGCAUUAUUCUAUAACAUUCUUCACUCUUGCUGGGCAUUCCUUGGUAACUUUUUGUUGGUUUAUCUUUUCUGGGUUUUGCAUUAUUAUAUAUGAUAAAUUAAGUCGUUUAAAUUGCCAUGUGCUUGCUGGGUAUUGCGCUAUUAUUUUAUAUUUUAUAUCAUUUAAAUUUAUUUAUGCAACCUGGGAAUUGCAUUAUUAUCCAAUAAAAAUGUUCUGGAUAUUGACCCGUUUUCUGAUACCUUUGCAAUAAUUCAAGCUGAUUGAUGCUCGAUGGGUACUGCACCAUUCUGUCAUAUAUGCAAUAUUUAUUUAAUAUAUUUUUCCGCUGAAUUGAAGGUUCUAGAGCUGUUUAUAUACACAUAGGAUCCGAAGGGAUGGGCUUCUAAAGUGGGUGUUGUUCCUCUCAGGUGGGUCCAGAGGCGGCUGCUAAGUUCUGCAAGGCGUUCCAGACAGUUCACAAGAAGGUUGUGCAUCGUUCAUUUGCUCACUUCUCUCUCUCUCUUUCUCGCUCUAUUGAUGGCAUUUCUGGUCAAAUGGUCUCAGGUUUCCGAAGAUCAGAAUUCCGAGGUUAUCCGGAGGUAUGUCGAUGCCACUUCCCGGAGCUCAAGUGGUUAG